CUUUAAAUAUAUUGCUGCCAUGCUCAUCCAGCUCACUACCCGAAUGGCAAAGUGUUCUCAGCGAUCACUGCUGGGUUCUUUCCGAUACCUAGGAAAUGCAUCCAGUAUCAAUUCAACUUCUGUCCGUACGCUCAGCACACAUGUUACUACCCAGCCCAUCUCAAUGGUCAAGUCUUGUGCUAAAACCAUGAAAUGGUCUGCUCACUGCUCGUGUCAUGUGAGAUCAUUUCACGCCUCGUCAGUGACUGCUGGCAAGGUGGUUCCGUUUUUACUUGCAGAUAUUGGUGAGGGAAUCACAGAAUGUGAUCUUAUUCAGUGGUUUGUGAAGCCUGGUGAUAAGGUUGAACAAUUCACCCGGAUCUGCGAGGUUCAGUCUGACAAGGCUGCUGUAGAUAUUUCGUCACGAUUUGAUGGAGUGAUUAAAACCCUCCAUUACAAAGUAGGCGAUAUUGCGUUGGUGGGAAAACCACUUGUCGACAUUGAACUGAAUGAAUCUGACGAGAAUAAUGUCGAAAGCUCUCCUGAACCGAUCGCUCGAGUUGAACCUUCUACUGUUCAUGUUCCCUCGACUGCUGCUCCUCCCACUCAUUCGGACGAUGUCGUCACAUAUGCCACUCCCGCUGUUCGUCGUGUUGCCAAAGAACACAAUGUUGAUCUGAAGUUGGUGGCCGGAAGUGGACCAGCAGGCCGGAUUCUCAAGGGUGAUGUAUUGGCUUAUAUUGCUGGUGAGCAAACUGGUGAGCAAGCUGUAUCUGAAACUGCAUCCCAAACUGUUGCUGCACCUACAAAAACAGAAAUAGUUGCUCUGACUCCCAUUCAAAAAGCCAUGUUUAAAACCAUGACCAAGUCUUUGCAGAUUCCACACUUUGGCUUCUCGGAUGAGAUUGAACUCAAUGCCAUCUCUGCUUUCAGAGCCUCGUUGAAUGAUCAUGUUAAAACACUUCCUGUGGGAACUUAUCCCUUCAAAAAGGUAUCAUAUAUGCCAAUAUUCUUGAAGGCUCUUUCCACUGCGUUGGCCGAGUAUCCCAUUCUGAACGCGUGCAUCAUAGAUGCUGAUGUGCCGGGCCAAGUAAAGCUACAAUACCGUGCAUCUCACAAUAUUGGAAUUGCAAUGGACACUCCUCAAGGAUUGAUUGUACCAAAUGUUAAAAAUGUGCAAAACAAGUCUAUUCUUGAAAUUGCCGCAGAUCUUGAGCGACUCAAGGAGGCUGGCAAAAAGGGAUCCAUUGCGCUCUCUGAUCUUCAGGGUGGAACCAUUACACUUUCCAACAUUGGAAAUAUUGGAGGAACUCUUCUUCAUCCUGUUCUUGUUACAUCCGAGGUUUGCAUUGGUGCAAUUGGAAAGGUUCAACGCCUUCCACGUUUUGAAACCCAAAUAGAUUCUGUUACAGGUCAAUCUGUCGAGCGUGUAGUCGCCAAGGAAAUAUUAAAUGUUAGUUUCAAUGCGGACCAUAGAGUCAUUGACGGUGCAACAAUGGGCCGAUUCGUACAGCUAUGGAAAACUUAUCUUGAGAACCCAUCCAUUUUGACUGCCAGACUCCAGUAAUCUUACUCUAUUGAUGUGUUUUGGAAUUUGGUUUGAUGAUUACUUUAAAAAUUGUAGGUUUAUCUGAUCAACUGUUGGAUCAAAAUAAAUUUGACUAAUUUUUUCAU